UAAAGUUAGGGACAGACAGCAACAUGGUCGCUGCGUGCACAGCUUAAGUUCUUGCUGUAUGUACAAGAACAUUAAAACUCAUCUGGUGCGCAGUCUGUAUUUCCGUUCAGCUGGUGUUUCCUCCCCUCCCAUUUACUCUACUUACUCUACUUCCCCUUCGAUGUAGAGAGAGAGAGAGAGAGAGAGAGAGAAAGAGAAACAGAGCACACUUACCAGUUUGUACUCCUGAAACACAUGUCUCAACAGGACGAGCGUUACACGAGAAGAAUAAGUGCAAGGUAGGCUGACUCACACCUUCACACUUCUGUCAAAAUGUGCCUGAAACUAUGAAUUUUCUAAAUCUGGUGUUAAUUUUACAUUUACAUUCACGCUGUGUAACAUAUAACGGUUUACACUUUCAGUUCAUCAGGUCACAUUCUACACAUUAUUACUGUAACUCCUAAAUUGUGGCCUAAACACUUUGCUUAUGAGACUGCAUAUUUUUCUUUCACGUGUUUGUGUAGUACAAACAGAUCACACACACAUGUUUAUCGGAGCCAUGUUUUAAUGCUGUUUCUCUACUUUUUUUUUUUCCAAAAACGCCUGCUGAGACACAAAAACAUGACACAGAAAAGAGAUAAUAUCUCACCAUAUUCCGGCCUGGUGGGUAAUUUUAGCUUGCUUGGGGGAAAAAAGGUGCUUUAUUUAUUUAUUUAUGAACAAGGAAAUUCUGAGGAACGUUUAUGUACAAGAAGUACGAAUGGGAGGAGACAGAUGACAUUUAACCCAAGAUUACAACAAGAAGAAAGCCCUAGGGCUGUUUUCAAUCCUCUGUGCACGGAAGGACGUAGAAGUUUAUGAAAAGGGGCCAUGUCACACUGCGAGAGUUUCUGUUUGGUAGAGAGAUGAAACAAAAUAAAAAGCAAGGGGGAAUUUCCUGUACAAAUGUGACUGUUAGAUUUUGGUAAACAACAGCAGUUCUCAUCUCAUCUCAUCAUCUCUAGCCGCUUUAUCCGGGCAAGCUGGAGCCUAUCCCAGCUGACUACGGGCGAAAGGCGGGGUACACCCUGGACAAGUCGCCAGGUCAUCACAGGGCUGACACAUAGACACAGACAACCAUUCACACCUACGGUCAAUUUAGAGUCACCAGUUAACCUAACCUGCAUGUCUUUGGGGGAAACCGGAGCAAACCCAUGUGGACAAGGGGAGAACAUGCAGACUCCAUACAGAAAGGCCCUCGCCGGCCACGGGGCUCGAACCUAGACCUUCUUGCUGUGAGGCGACAACGCUAACCACUACACCACCGUGCCGCCCAACAGCAGUUCUUUUUAUUAAAAAAAAAAACACCACUAAAUGACUGGUGAUCAUCAUACAGUAUGUGCAAUAUUUGUGUUUGGACCUUCUUCAGUAACAGCAGCAUAGUAACAACAGCAGAGCUCACAGUUCUAUGGAAGUAAGAUUCCGUGGAAAUACUAAUUACCACUUUUGAGUGAACAAAUGAUUAAAAAAUGUUGCUGUUUGAUAGCUAUAACCCAACAUUCCCUUGAUUUUCUUGCCUUUCUAGAUGUUGCAGCAUGUUCACUGCCUCAUUUAGCGCCAUAGAAUUAUUGUAUUAUUUCCCCUAGUGGUCAAAAAUGGGAACUGCAACACACUUAUAGAGGCCCACUGGGGCAGGAAUCAUGGUGCUCCAUGCUUACUCUAUAUGAACAUUUUCAGUGGUAGAGAAGCAGCAGAGAGUACAGUUAAUGACAGGAUUGCCAAGAUCUUGUUUUAUAGCAAAUCUUCUUCUUCUUCUUCACCAUCUUUUGGCUACUCCCAUACAUUUGAGGUCACCACAGAGGGUCUGCUCCGCAUAUUUUACCUGACAUAGAUUUUACACCGGAUGCUCUUCCUGACGCAACACCCCGUCUAUCCGGCGGCCGCCGCAUUUCACGAAAAUCACUUCUUCUCUCUCAAUUCUUCACUGAUUUUUAUUCUUUUUGGCAGGAAGGUAGGUCUGCCUGGGGUGCAUAUAGCUUCCACCCAAAUUUGCAUAAUUGCAAUUAAUAAUGAAGAUCUGGAGUAAUUAAGCCCUUAUGAGCAGUUUCCAUACAAAUUGCUUCUUCUCCUUCAAUUCUUCAAUGAUUUUGAUUCUUUCUGGCAGGAAGGUAGGGGAACCUAGGAUGCGCUUCUACUCAGAUUUGCUUGAUUACAAUUAUCAAUGAAGUUAUGGACUAAUUAAGCCUUAAUGAGCAGUUCAACAAAAAUAAUUUCUUCUUGGUCAAUCCCUCGCCGUUUUGGAUUCUUUCUGGCAAAUAGGUCGGUAUUCCUAGGGUGGUUAUAGCUUCUAUAUAUAGCUUGCAACAUUUAUUGCGCAAGGUGGCCCACUUUAGACCGUUCCUUCUGGACUAGACGGGGCCGGAGUGAGCUACGCCAUCAUUGACAGUCUUGUUAAUGAUACUAGUACACUGGUGACAAAGGUGCUGCGAGUGUAACUCUGCACUCUCUCACUGGUACUAUGAAAGAGAUGGACAGUAUUUCUGCAAAAAGGACUACUGGGCUCGUUUUGGAGAACAGUGUUGUGGAUGCUCAGAGAUUAUCACCACUGGUGUCAUUAUGGUGGUGAGAGAGUGCAAGUAUCAUUCGGAAUGUUUCAUCUGUGAACACUGCAACAUGUUCAUUGGAGAUGAGGAUUCAUACGCUUUAGUGGAGCAUUCCAAAUUAUACUGUGAGCACUGUUAUUAUCAGCAUGCAUCAGGGAGGCAUCCAGGGGCAGGAUGUUCCAGGCAUCCUCAUACUGUCGCGCUGGUGUCAUUUCCUCCUUCAGCAGAGAGCAGGAGAAAUCUCUCAUUCACUGUGGAUCAGUGCCCUGUCAAUGGAAACAGCCCCAUUAUCAAAGUAUCUCAGUUAGAUACAUCCAAGACCAGUCCUGAAAUUAAGGAAAUGAUUCACGUUGGAGACACUGUACUUGAAAUCAAUGGAAUCUCAGUCCAAAACAUUCCACUCAAUGAGAUUGACUCCAUGAUCCAUGACAUUGAGCACUGCCUGAAACUCACUGUUGAACACAACCCUGAUGGACUUCCUAGUCAGGAGGAUCAAUCUUGCCUGGACGAAGAAGCAGACCAACCUGGGAAAUUAGACUUCUUCCCGCUUCACAACUACAACAUCCGCCAUCGCUCCAAACAUGUGAUGCGCAGCUGUAGCAUUGAAAAAAGCCCAUGUUCACAAAACCACUUGCUGCUGCUCUCUCACCGAAGGAACAUUAAUCGCUCUGAAUCUCUGCAUGUCGAUCCAGUUGACAAAACACAGCGCAUUUUCCGUCCUUGCGACCUCAUAUACGGGGAGGUUCUUGGUAAGGGCUGCUUCGGUCAAGCCAUCAAGGUGACACAUCAGCAAACAGGCGAGGUCAUGGUGAUGAAGGAGCUUCUUCGUUUUGAUGAAGAAACCCAGGCAACGUUUCUCAAGGAGGUAAAAGUGAUGCGUUGUCUGGAUCACCCAAAUGUCCUGAAGUUUAUCGGAGUUCUUUACAAAGACAAGCGAGUAAACUUCAUCUCGGAGUAUGUGCCUGGAGGGACUCUGAGGGAAACCAUACAGAAAAUGGGCAGUGAUCAUCCAUGGAAACGAAGAGUGAGCUAUGCAAAGGAUAUUUCUGCAGGAAUGGCCUACCUGCACUCCAUGAAUGUGAUCCAUCGAGAUCUGAACUCUCACAACUGCCUUGUCAGAGAGAACCAUUCUGUGGUAGUGGCAGACUUCGGGUUGGCCCGACUCCUGAAGGAGGAUAAAUCUGAGACAAAGAAUUCUUCUCCUGAGCAAGCAUCAAAGCUGAGUAAGUCACAGAGGAAAAAAAGAUAUACAGUGGUGGGGAACCCAUACUGGAUGGCACCCGAGAUGAUCCGAGGUAUUAGCUAUGAUGAGCGUGUUGAUAUCUUCUCCUUUGGAAUCAUUCUCUGUGAGAUUAUCGGACGAGUGUAUGCUGAUCCGGACUAUCUCCCUCGCACUAUGGAAUUUGGACUAGGUGUCAAGGAAUUUCUAAAGUGCUACCAUCCAGCAGAAUGUCCGUCAGCCUUCUUUCCUCUUGCAGCUCUUUGUUGUGAUACAGAAGCUGAAAAACGACCUUCAUUUGUAAAGCUAGAAGAAUGGCUAGAGAGCUUGCUGAUGCAUCUGGAGAUCAAACUUCCUCUAAUCUCAGAACUGGAUAAGUUGCAUAAAGCUUUUUGGGAAACGCACAGCAAACUUCAGCAUGAAAAUGGUUUCCAGUCCGAACAAAAAGAGAGGCGAGUGUCAAAUCAGGAGUGAUAAGCUGUGGACAAGCUAAAAACAAACUGUGAAGGAACAAUUUGUUCAUGGAUGUGGUCAUUUCAGGACAAUCUGUGGUCAUUUUUAAUGACUAUUUUUAAUGUAGCAAUUGAGUUUAGCAAUAAUAAGGAUGCCUGUAAAAUAAAUAAAUACUGAUGAAAAUUAGGCAAAUACUGGAAGCUCGCAGGGUUUUUGUCUGGUCAAUGUCCUAAUUAACUUAUAAAAAUGUGAAUCAUUGUAUAAUACCAGGUACAAACUGGUUAAUAUAAUGUAUAGUUUUCUUUUCUUUUUUUUUUAAGUUAGUUAAGAUCUACACAUAAUUAAAUAAACAAUGUGUAGCUAUUUCAAGUGCAGAUUUUUUUAAACCUCUCUUAAGCUUUCUACCAUGGAUAAAUUCUUCAAAGAUUUUAUGACCCUGAAAUAAAAACCCUUUUCAAAUCUUCAGAAA